AUGAUGAACGAUGGUGCUGUUGGUGAUGAUAGUAAGGAUGAUGUUGGUGAUGAUAGUAAGGAUGAUGUUGGUGAUGAUAGUAAGGAUGAUGUUGGUGAUGAUAGUAAGGAUGAUGUCGGUGAUGAUAGUAAGGAUGAUGUUGGUGAUGAUAGUAAGGAUGAUGUUGGUGAUGAUAGUAAGGAUGAUGUUGGUGAUGAUAGUACGGAUGAUGUUGGUGAUGAUAGUAAGGAUGAUGUUGGUGAUGAUAGUAAGGAUGAUGAUGAUGUUGGUGAUGAUGAUAGUAAGGAUGAUGUUGGUGAUGAUAGUAAGGAUGAUGCUGGUGAUGAUAGUAAGGAUGAUGCUGGUGAUGAUGAUAGUAAGGAUGAUGUCGGGGAUGAUAGUAAGGAUGGUGCUGUCGGUGAUCAUAGUAAGGAUGAUGUUGGUGAUGAUAGUAAGGAUGAUGUUGGUGAUGAAAGUAAAGAUGAUGAGGAGGAGGAUGAUGAUGAUGAUGAUAGUAAAGAUGAUGUUAGUGACGAUAGUAAUGAUGAUGUUAGUGAUGAUAGUAAAGAUGAUGUUAGUGAUGAUAGUAAAGAUGUUGAUGAUAGUAAAGUUGAUGUUAGUGAUGAUAGUAAAGAUGAGGAGGAGGAUGAUGAUGAUGAUAGUAAAGAUGAUGUUAGUGAUGAUAGUAAAUAUGACGAGGAGGAGGAUGCUGAUGAUAGUAAAGUUGAUGUUAGUGAUGAUAGUAAAGAUGAUGUUAGUGAUGAUAGUAAAGAUGAUGAUGAUAGUAAAGAUGAUGUUAGUGAUGAUAGUAAAGAUGGUGAUGAUAGUAAAGUUGAUGUUAGUGAUGAUAGUAAAGAUGAUGAUGAUAGUAAAGGUGAUGAUAGUAAAUAUGAUGAGGAGGAGGAGGAUGAUGAUGAUAGUAAAGUUGAUGUUAGUGAUGAUAGUAAAGAUGAUGAUAGUAAAGAUGAUGUUAGUGAUGAUAGUAAAGAUGAUGAGGAGGAGGAUGAUGAUGAUAGUAAAGUUGAUGUUAGUGAUGAUAGUAAAGAUGAUGAUGAUUGUAAAGUUGAUGUUAGUGAUGAUAGUAAAGAUGAUGUUAGUGAUGAUAGUAAAGAUGAUGAUGAUAGUAAAGUUGAUGUUAGUGAUGAUAGUAAAGAUGAUGAGGAGGAGGAUGAUGAUGAUAGUAAAGUUGAUGUUAGUGAUGAUAGUAAAGAUGAUGAUGAUUGUAAAGUUGAUGUUAGUGAUGAUAGUAAAGAUGAUGUUAGUGAUGAUAGUAAAGACGAUGAUGAUAGUAAAGUUGAUGUUAGUGAUGAUAGUAAAGAUGAUGAUGAUACGUAUCAGUUGCGCAUUUACGAUGAUGCCCGCGGUAAUUUCAGUCAGUAUGAAUCAAGCUAA